AUGACAAUCCAUUCGCCGUAUCAUUCUGGCCUUUCUCCGGACUAUCCUCAACAGUUUUCUAGGGAAGGAGGAAAAGUUUCCCUACCGUCAAUUCGACAGGCUUUCCCUGAAUUUGAACAACAAAAACAAAACUUCGUGGUUACGACACCAUAUCCCGUAACUAGUCCUUCUAGAGUGUCUUUCACUGGAGAAAUAGCGCCCCCAGAAUAUAUACAUUCGCCAGCCUAUCACAAGAGACACUUUGAGAGUGGGAGGGACGUUGGGAGAACAACGUCGGUUCCAAGGCUAUUAACCAGUUCGAACAGAAGCCCUUAUCGCUCUGUUUCACCACCCCUUGAUUCUAGGACGGAUAUAGGAGCAUGGGGCAAAUCAACCCAAGCUGGUUAUCCAUCUAGCGAUGGCACUCUCCAACAAUAUGUCACAAAGCCAGGACAUCAUGAACAAGCAGAGCAUCAAACGGCUUUAUCGAAAUUAUCCACGCUAAAUCUCGCUCGAGAUAGAACUGAACCGUUCCCAAGCCUGCCGAGCGACGACUAUAUCCGAGAAGCUCAGAGAAGAACGAGAACUCCAGAAGACGUGAGCACUAACGCCUACGGUUUGGAGAUAAGGCCAGCUUCAUACCGACCUACCAAUUACCACUACGGUUACCAUCAUCCCAAUCGAGUGCAAUCCCUUUCUGUAGGGUCGGCCCAUCUCUUCGAUAGGCCACCGCUAUAUUCUCCAGUAAACUCGCCUGCCACGUAUGGCCACCAAUCACAUAAUAGCUACAUGCCCGUCCGCGAACUCGGCGUUGGGGGAAACUACGAAGGCAAGCAGCGAAAACGUCGCGGGAAUCUACCAAAAGAGACAACAGAUAAACUCCGUGCUUGGUUUCACUCCCACCUAUCGCACCCCUACCCAACAGAGGAGGAAAAGCAACAACUAAUGAAACAAACCGGAUUACAAUUAAAUCAAAUAUCGAACUGGUUUAUCAACGCGAGACGGCGGCAACUACCUAAUAUGAUUAACAACGCCCGUGCCGAGGCUGGCGCUAUGACUGUGCGCAACGCGGAGAACGGUUUAAUACCUUCGACCGAAAGGGCCGAUUACGACACGGACGGCAGACCUCUAAGUGAUGAAGAGGCCGGUGCAACUCGUGACGUUGAAUUAGAGACUAUUAAACGGCGCAGAGUCACUAGCAACAAACGGGGUAGUAUAUGA